AUGGAAGAUGGAACUCUAGGAGAUACAACAUACGUACCAUCCACCGCAACGACGAGGAGGAGGCUGCUCGUGUCCGCCGGUGGCCUGCUCCUCGUCGCCGCCGCGAGCAACAACGCCAGCAGGAGAGCGGCAGGGGCCGCAGUCGACAGCUACGACCCGGCAACGGAGGCGGAGCGCGCGGCGAGCGAGGCGGUGUCGCAGCGCGUCGGGAAGGCGGUCCGGCUGCUGGAGGCCGGGCGGGAGCUGCAGGCGUGCGGCGAGUUCGCGGGGGCGCUGGCGUCCUUCACGGCGGUGGUGAGCGGGUACAAGGAGUUGGCGUUGUCGGAGUAUGCGCGGGUGGGGCGGGCGUUGGUGCUGUACGAGAUCGGCGACCGCGACGAGUCCAUCACGGAGAUGGAGGACGUGUCGGUGGAUUUGUGGGCGGCAGAGGAGCUGCGGUGGUGGGGAGCUACGCCGGCAGUGGUCUAAUCGAGCCGA